AUGAGCAUCAUGACAGGACGCGAGGAUGCUGCGGACGACAAGCCGAAAGUGAAAAUUUUGGCACCGGCUUUUGGGAUCGAUAAGGCGCGACUCAAUGGAUCUGGCUUUAGGUCAAAAGGCUUUGCCAUCACUGACCUCCUGGGUCUGGAGACGGACCUUCAGCCGCAUCAGGUGCACCCCGGCGUGGCGGGCAACGUCGAGGGUCAGGGCGCCGGCAUCGGGGGCUUCUCCUUAGCCGGGGGGUCCCUGCCCCUGGGCUUGGGCUUCCUGUGCAGCCUGGCCGCCCAGCAGCCUCCCGGGACACCGUGCUUUCUGCCGAGCCACAUCCCGCUCCUUCAGUCCAGGACCGAGGGCCACUUCAUGCAGAACCUGGAGCAGCAGAGGGAGACCUACUCCGAUGACGACUGCCUCUCGGGCGAUCGUAACGAUGCGAAGAAUUCGGGAAAUUCACAGAAGAGAAAGAAGAGGAGGCACCGGACGGUGUUCACGUCCCACCAGCUGGAGGAGUUGGAGAAGGCCUUCCACGAGGCGCACUAUCCCGACGUGUACGCCCGGGAGAUGCUGGCCAUGAAGACGGAGCUGCCCGAGGACAGGAUACAGGUGUGGUUCCAGAACCGCCGGGCCAAGUGGCGGAAACGAGAGAAGUGCUGGGGCCGCAGCAGCGUGAUGGCGGAGUACGGGCUCUACGGGGCCAUGGUCCGCCACUCGAUCCCCCUGCCGGAGUCCAUCAUCAACUCGGCCAAGAACGGCAUGAUGAGCUCCUGCGCUCCCUGGCUGCUCGGCAUGCACAAAAAGUCGAUCGAGAUGCUGAAAAAAAGCUCUGGGUCGCCGGAAUCCACUCACUCCGGUUCCUUCUCAGAAGACUCCAAGGCGAAGGACGGCGACAUCGCGUGGGACGGCCGAGCCAACGCGUCCACCGACUCGGAGGACAUGGCCAUCGACCUGUCAAGCACCUCGAAGCAGGACGGCAAAGGCACUUCGAAAGCAUCUCCGCCGCGGAAGGAAGCGUCGAGCGAGUCGGACACCGAGAGCUAAGAGCGUGUGCGGCUGCGUGGGGGACCGGACACUGGACGGAGCGCGCCGUCCGCGCUCGGACUCGUCGAGCGCAAAGACGCGUGCGUCCCUAUUACUGUACAUUAUUAGGAGCGUCCUUGUCUUUCUCUCAGCUGUUCACUUGUACGUGGCAUUUGGCUUUCGUUUAAUUCGAGCCGCUCGAUGAGAGAUUAAAUGUUUUAUCGUUUUAAUUUAAUCUGUAUUUGUGAAAUGCGUGUCACGGGUUCUUUUCAAACUCACUUCAUCCACACAGAUGGGGAAACUUCUUUAUUUCCAGAGGCAUUGGCUUUAAAACGGGUUGUUCCGGCAGCCGCUGGACACCGCGUCCAGAACAAGGCAGCUUGUCUAAUUUCUAUAGGGCAAAAAAAAAAAAAAAAAAAACGAAGAAAAAGACAGUUAUAUUGCUUUGAAUGUCCUUCCACACUUCUAUGCAAUGUAAGGGGUGUUCAGGAGCUGGAAGCCACGUGUUCCUCCUGUUCUCACUGUCGGUCCUCAAGAAGGAAGCACUUAACGCCUUGCUGUUCAAGGUGGACGUUUUCAAGCACUUUAACUGGAUUAAUAACCGUUGAU